AAAACGUUUAAACAGAGCAAUGCUCCACAUAAGCUUAUCGAACGAAUUUAAAUCCCACGGACAACGAUUGCAAAAGUCAGGGAUGGUACACCUUUUCAUCGUCAAAAUAAUGUUGAACAGUCACUUAUAAGUUGGGAUGGGGAAUACUAGUAAAUGAAAUAUUAACGUGAAAGAUUUGAAAUUCUCUCCUCCGGACCAUGGCGUCCAUUGCAGAGCUCCUGAGAAAUUACCUGGAUUUUCCGGUCAAUACAACUUUCACUUACACGGUGACCCUAGAAGCUUGUCCUAGGAUUUUCCCACAUCAAGAGUUUCGACUCUUCUUGCUAAUUCCAGCGGCCAUUUCGACAUUGAUUUUGGCAUUUUCAACCAGACGAACGAAUAAAAUUUUACAUGUAUUAAAUGGGCGCCCAGGACUCAUAUCUCCAAUGGAUAUUCUUAAAACGUCCCAUCGUUUUUCCUACGCAGCUGCAUUUGGAACAUUAGCCCGACUUUGUUCUGACAUUGUGUUUGAUUCGAAAUACGCUUUUAACUACAUUGGACCAACAUACCUAAAAGUGUUUAUUGCCCUAGUCUCGAUGUUAAUAUACGGCUUGGGGUACUUUCCUUUAUUUGCCGGAAUUACCACAGCAAGUCCCCUUGGAUAUCUGGUAGCAACUCUAUUCUCGUGGGUUUUUACGGCUGAGUUUUUUUCAAACACCUUUUGUAAACAACAGCUGGAUAUUUCCUACUUGGUCCUAAUUGUUGGGGUACUUCCGGAAAUGUUAUGUUUCCUCUAUCUCAGCUUCAGCCUUCCUGUCAGAUUCGUUAUCUCCCUUGCAAAACCCAAAAGGAAAACCAAACUGGCAGUUGACUUUGAGAGUAGCGAGGAUCUGUAUGAAUCCAUUCGCAAGUCCUAUCAAGGGAUCCACGUCACAAAGUUGAUUCAGAGACCGCCACCCCCUCCCUCACCUCCGGAGGGAAUAAAGGAAAAGCUUACACAUUUGCUCACAUCCAUUUCAGAAAAGAUUUUCUACAAACGGACAAAAGGUUUCCGUUAUUCGGCCAGGAUGAUAAGUGUAAUGGCUGUUGGAUUUAUCUUGCUAUAUCAGGUCACAUUUUUCCUUUUUAUUGUGUUCUAUCAAAUAUUCGAUUACGCAGAGAAGGGUUUGAGCGCCAGUCUCGAUAUUAUUGGACGGCAAAUAACAACAGAAGAAGAUCCUGCUGUAACAAACCUCAGAACGGGCAUUUACGUGUCAUAUUAUUUCAUUAUAGCUUUCAGAGGUUGUUUUUUUACUUCGAUAAUGGUUGCAUUCGCCAUCAAUGCUGUUUUUCUGCUUCACUAUUUGACCUCGUACAGGGAAAAUUUGCUUUCGCUGUACAAGGGAGACAAUAAGCAUCUAACACCGAGGACCGAGAAGUCCAACGCUAGCCUGAUCGUUGGGAGCAUGAGAUAUGCAGGGUACCAGGUUGGCUAUAUUGGAUGGGGGUUUUUCAUCCAGUUUCUUUUGCUGUUGAUUUUUUCCGUUGCUAUUGCAACGGUUGUGACUUUAUGGGGUAUUCUAGAUAACUUCAUUUUGGAACAAAUAAUGAGGCUAUGGCCCGUUCUGUUGACUUCCUUGGUGUUAAACAUGGUUCAACUUUUGCUGUCAAAGUUUCUGUUCCUACAGGAAAACGGCGAGAUAUUGGCCAUGGAUAACAGGCGCCUCUUCUUCAUCUUCACAUACUUUAUGUUCUUUUACAACAUUUUCAUUGGAAUAUUUUCUUGUUUGAUGAGGAUCAUAAAAUCCAUCAUCCUGGGAGCUUUAUUCCUUCCUCGACUGGACCACAGCACCCUUCCUAGAAAAUUCCAACAAAUGGACCCCGGUUUCGAUGCAUAUUGUGGAUUCAUGCAUGUAGAGAGUACUCAUACCAAUCCUGUUGCUAUGGUUUUCAUCAGUAUUUUACAAGCGGAAUCGCUUACGUCAUUGAAAAGGAAGAAAAGCAACAACAGUGAUAUUAUUCCUUUGGAUGAGAAACAAGAAAUGUUGGACCGUAAGAGACGAAAAGCCAAAUGGAAGUGGCUACUCGCGUACACUCUCGUGAAUAACCCGGAAAUCUCCUUACAACGAAGGCUGGUCUUAGCAAAAGAACGCAACGAGAAUGUGAAGGAAAUUUUCUUCUCUCACUCAAUUUUGUAUUCUGAAGAACCAACGAAAGUAGACAUGGACCAAAUAAUCAUACUGGAAGAAAGAUUGUAGCCCUACAGGCUCAAAUGCAUCAUGCGGCAGUGUGAACAAUCAUUGACUCUUCACUUACACCAUUUCAACAAAAUACACAUGAAAAGCAUUCAUAAUUUUUUAGUAGUACA